AUGAAGGUUCCAACUCCUCUAUACACUAUCCUUCCGCUCGUAUCCAGCGCCACAGCACAAGGCGCUGCCUAUGCACAAUGUGGAGGGAAAGGAUGGACGGGAGCAACAACUUGUGUUGGAGGUUAUGUGUGUACUUAUUCGAGUGAAUAUUACUCGCAAUGUUUACCUGGAACUGCGACUCUAACCACAGUUACGAGUUCGAGUAAACCAUCAAGCUCUAGUACCAAGACUAGUUCAUCCGCAGCUUCAAGCUCAACUGGAAAAACGAAAUAUAUUGGAACCAACAUUGCAGGAUUCGACUUCGGCUGCACAACAGACGGCACAUGUAUAACCAGCGAGAUCUACCCGCCUCUAAGCAGCAUAGCCAACCAUCCAGAUGGUCUCGGCCAAAUGUCCCACUUUGUCAAAAGCACAGGACACAAUAUCUUCCGUCUCCCUGUGGGAUGGCAAUACCUCGUGAACAAUGUUCUGGGGGGUACACUCGACAGUAACAAUUUCGCAACCUAUGAUUCAUUGGUGCAGGGAUGUCUGGCAACAGGUGCUAGUUGCAUCAUUGAUAUUCACAAUUAUGCGCGAUGGAAUGGCGGGAUUAUUGGACAGGGUGGCCCAACCAAUGCGCAGUUUGUGAGUUUGUGGACUCAGUUGGCGAAUAAGUAUAAGGGGAAUGCGAAGGUGAUUUUUGGUUUGAUGAAUGAACCUCAUGAUAUGCCAAAUAUUACCACAUGGGCAGCCUCAGUUCAGGCAGUGGUUACUGCUAUUCGCCAAGCAGGUGCUACAUCUACCACGCUUCUCCUACCUGGUAAUGAUUACACCUCCGCAGGAUCUUUCAUAUCCGACGGCUCAGCAGCCGCCCUCUCCAAAGUCACCAACCCAGACGGCACAAUCACAAACCUAAUCUUCGACGUCCACAAAUAUCUCGACUCCGAUAACUCAGGAACCAAUCUUGAAUGCGUGACCAAUAACAUCGACACCGCAUUCGCACCACUAGCAACUUGGUUACGAGCAAAUGGAAGACAAGCCAUACUAACCGAGACCGGUGGUGGUAACGUCGCUAGUUGUGAGACAUAUUUGUGCCAGGAAGUUGCUUAUUUGAAUGCCAAUUCCGAUGUGUACUUGGGAUAUGUUGGGUGGGCUGCUGGAAGCUUCGAUACGAAUUACACAUUAACGGAGACACCCAAUGGAAGUGGAUCAUCUAUGACAGAUCAACCACUUGUUGCGGCUUGUCUUACUCGAUCGAAUUAG